AUGGCCCCCAGAGCCAGCACCGACGAGAGUUUCUUCCUCUUCCUCCUUCAUCUGUUCCUCAACCUUCUCUCCAACAUCACCACCCUCACCCACGUUUAUGACGCUCCCAUCAUUACUCUCCCCAACAUCACCCUCUCUGGCGUCUACGCAGCCGACUUCAACAUAACCAUCUACCGCCGCAUCCCCUUUGCCGCCUCUACCGCCCCACCCAACCGCUUCAGUCCCCCUCAACCACUUCCCCCCUACACCAAUUCCUCCUCUUCCUCCCUUCAAAUCUACAAUACAAACCAGACCCUCCCCAACUGUCCCCUCCCCGACGGCUCCGGCUCCGAGGACUGCCUCUACCUGGGCAUCUACACCCGUCCCUGGAACGCCAACGACACCCUCCGCCCCGUCGUCGUCGUCUUCCACGGCGGCGCCUACAUGUACGCAGGCAGCGCACCCAGUCUCAACCAGCUCUCGCCCUUUGGCUACCCAGCCCUCAACGUCAGCUCCACAGACAACAACUUCGUCCUCGUCUACCCCAACUACCGCCUCGGCGCCCUGGGCUUUCUUCCCGGGCAGGCCAUGUACGAUGACCCGCAAGCCGCCUUGAACCCAGGGCUGCUGGACCAGCGGGCUGCCCUGCAGUGGGUGCAGAGCCACAUUGCCAAUUUCGGCGGCGAUCCGCACAACGUCACCAUCUUUGGGCAGUCGGCCGGCGGCGGGUCGGUGAUCGCACAUGCGCUCGCCGCGAAUGAGAAAGGCAGCCGCAGCAGCAGCAGCAGCAAAACUCUAUUCAGGAGGGUCGUAGCAAGCAGUCCCUUCUGGCCCCACACCUACGCCUACAACGACCCAGAGGCCGAGGCCGUCUACGAUGACUUUGUAACCCUCACAGGCUGCCGCAGAGGCGCCCGUCCCAACUCCGGCAACGGGGCCGAGGUCAGCACGGUGGAGUGCAUGCGCAACCUCGACCUGCGCAUCCUCACCGCCGCGAGCGCCGCCCUCGAGAACGCGUACAUGUACCCCGGCUACGUGUGGGCGCCCGUCCUCGACGGCAGUUUCCUCACCCAGACUCUGACCUCGGCGGUGUCGGCAAGGACUCUGAACGCGGACCUGGUGUUUGCCCUGUUCAACGCCAACGAGGGCGAGAGCUUCGUCGACCCGUCGCUUCUCCUUGAUGAUAGUUUGGAUGGCAUUGGCGACGGCGCGGAUGGUGGGCUUGGUACCGGACCAUUGCCUUACAAUGGCACCGCCGCUGGGUUCGACGCCUGGCUUGCGGAUCUCCUGCCGCGCCUCAAUGCGACCCAGACGACUGCCGUGAAGCAGCUCUACCCGGCCGAGGGGACCACGGACGUUGCGGGCUGGAGCUGGAACACGACCUUUGGGAGGGCGUCGUACCUUUAUCGUGAUCUGGUGCUGGCCUGUCCCGCGUACUGGAUAGCUUCUACAGCCCCUGGGACGGGCUAUUUGGCGCAAUGGACAGUUCCGCCUGCAAACCAUGUCACACCCUUUGUUUGGUAUUGGAAUACCAUCGACACCUCCGAUCCAACCCAGCUCCUGCGCUACUACGGGUACACCGGGGCAAUAGCAAGUUUCUUUGAGACUGGCGACCCAAACGCCCACAAGCUCACAAACGACUCCACACCCGGCGUGCCAGACCUGACGACCGGCCUACAGUUCAUAACAGCCCCCGAUGGCUUCCGCACCCAGUCCAUGCCCAUCUUACAGAGCAGGUGUGCGUUUUGGCUGGCGAAUGCGAAGAGUAUUCCUAUUUAA